CUCGCCGAGAAAAUUGAAAUCGAUCAUUCCAUAAAUUAAUAAAGCACAAUUUAUUAAUUUUUCGGUAAUUGAUAUGAAAAUUAAUUGAUUAAACUCGAUCACGUUGUGCAACACACAGAAGCCACCGUGUGCGAUUUUGCUGAGCGUUUAAGGGUGUUUCACUGUGCGUGACAUUGCUCAAAAGGAAAUCAAUAGCGUGAUAAGUGGAAAGAACGGCCGCAUAGUUGUCCUAUUUAUCACCUCACAAGUGAAUUGUGUGUGAAGAAUCUGCGUGCAGAAAGUUUAAUCAAUAGAACUGCCGUUGGCAUUGUCGUGGCAACACAGAAAAACAGCCAACCUUUGCAGAGUCCAACAGUGGCAUAUAAAUUCCAUCACAUUCACAGGCAAUUCCUUUGAACGCCCCAACAAGAAUUGCAAGACAUUUCUCACUCUCUCUCAAGUGCAGUUUCAGUGGAAAAUUUUUUGAGUGCAGUGAAAGUGAACGCACACAAUGUUGUGCUGGAAAUACGAUGAUAAUCUCCUCAAUAAAAUGUAUCCUUAUCCCUUUGCUCCGGAUCACACAUCGAGUGUGUCGAAAAUGAGCUCGAGCAUCCCACUUGUGAGACUUUUGUGAAGAUUCUGGGAACUUUCGGGGGGUUUUCGCGGUGCUUUUGGAGCUUGAAAAAGUGACGAUGAAGUGGCAGGCGACCUCUUUUCUCGAAAAUCGCAUUUUCGAUUGUCGCCUCGUGAAGGAUAAUUUGAUCAAUAGUCGAUGGAAUGUUAGUUCGUUGGCGACUCGUCAACGCUGCAACUACAGGGCCUUUCAGGAAUCCUAUGUAAAUUCAUCGCGAGCUUUUCACGCUUUUCCCCAUUUCAUUUCUCAUUCAUUCCACAAACGCUCUCAUCAUCAGUCACUUCAUCCAUCGCCAAAAGCUUCACUCUUUCGCAGUUAUUCACGAAGGAAAAGGGGCUUUUCUAAUGCGCUUUUGCGUGCUAUUUUCCAGCCCUGGAGCUCCACGAGUGGCCCCGAUCAGAGGAAUGAGAGUGCAGUGCCGCAGAAAAUCGGGAGUUACUAUCAAACCCCUCGCCCACAUCCCUGGAGACCAACAAUGGGCUAUGAAACGAUCGAACUGGCGCCCAUUGCUGAGCAUCCUCUGACAAAUCAACUCGUGCAUCCCAAUUAUAUCCCCGUUUCCCUGACAUCCGAGCCUCUGUCUUUCCCCAAUCUCAUCACAGGCUACGAGAAGAAUCCCCAGCAUGCAGCCAGAUCGGCUCUCUACACUCGCUACACUCCGUCUGAGUGGAUCAACUCUUGCAUCUCCACCUACGCCGAGGCGGACGUCAAUCGCCAUCAUUCCGAGCGCCUCAGGAGUGAAGCCAUCCGUCUCAUGCGAGAGACCGACGAGAAGACUAGCCAGGGACAGAGAGAGGCGGGCCGCAGGAUCGGCGAGAGGGUGACAGACGUCACUUUCUGGCGCAAUGAGCUCAACACAGAGCUGGAAAAGUUGAUUGCGGAGUCCGCCAUUCUGGCGGAGACGAAGCGGUCCGUGCAGAAAGCCCUGGAGGACACUGAACCACCCCUGAAUGUGGCGCAAGAGUGUCUGUACCACCGCGAAGGCAGACUGUCCAUUGAGAAGGUCCACGACCAUGUGGAGAAGAGCCUCCUCGUGGAGAUUGACAAUCUCCGCAAUUCCCAGGAGAAGCUGAAAGCCCUGCAUGACAAAAUUUGCAAGCAGCUCUCCGACUGCAGGGCCGCGCAAUUCGCCCUGGAGGACGACAUCGCCCACAAAGAGUCCACCCUAGGCAUCGACACCGUUUGCCACCAGCUCAGCAACUCUAGUCGCGGCAUCAACUACUAUGGCGGCAUCGAGAAAUACGAUCCCACCGUGAGCACGGCCGAGACCUGGUCAGCGGCCAGCAGCCACAGGAUCAACAGAUCGCAGAUGGAGCGCGGCAAGUCCUCCCAAUUGCGCAGCGACGCCGAAGCUAUGAUGAACGCCGUGGCGACGGCGGUUUGGGAUUGCUGGAGCAACUCAAACAAUUCCCUGAACAAGCGCUCCUCUGAGAUGAUGGAGGCGAAAAAUAGGGUGCAAUUGCAUCUGCACAAGACGCAGCAGGAGAUUUUCGACAUUGAGAAGAACAUUGAGCUGCUAAGGAAGGCUGUUCAGGACAAGUCUAAUCCACUGAAAGUCGCCCAGACGCGCCUCGAAGCGAGAAGUCACAGGAAUGGCUUGGAAAUGUGCAAGGACAUGGCGCAUGUUCGCUUAGUCCAGGAGGUCUGUGACAUCCAAGACUCCGUGACAACCCUUCAUCGGAAACUACAAGAGGCCGAAAGUCAGCACCAGCAGCUGCUGAAGACACGCGCAAACCUCGAGAAUGACUUGAAGAACAAGACAAACGCCUUAUUUAUCGAUCGAGAAAAAUGCAUGGGCAUCAGACGAUCUUUCCCAGUGCACAAUCUCAUCAAGUACUGAGAGGAAAGAAUACGAAAUUCCGUGUCGCUUCUGCACAUCAGGUAAUGAGUCACAAAAGAUCCGCGCACUUUGUAAGAGCAUCGUGUUGUUUUUUUAGUCACCGUAUAACAUAUUAAAAAUUCCCGACAAAUAAAACAUUUCGCCUCGAAUGGAA